AUGAUAACUCGAGCGCUCCCGGCAACCCUUGAAAUGUGCAGAGUUCUGACAUCUCAGGGUACGGUAGUGCUUAAUCUCGUUGUGAGAACAUCCGGAACGGAGAUAAGGGACAAGAAAUCGCUCGAGCAUCCGAAGGUUAUGGAUACUCAUAGAAAUGAACUCCUCCCAGUUCUAUGUAUUUGGUGUCUUUCCCCGUCGACGUCGUGUCCACUCCACAACAAAAACCUCAUCCUUUCCGGAGCCCGAUCAACAGGUGGUACUCUCCACGUUGAAUCACCUAGCGCAGCUCAACAUAGAUACUUUGCAGGGAGGCUCGACACCGCUGAAUCUAGUUGUGCUCCACUGAAAGGGCCGUCGUCUCCUCAGCUCGACUCUUUCAUACCCAGGAUGCAGUCUAUGGAGAUAGAGCCAGUACCACGACCAGUCGUAGCGUCACCAGGACAGAUCGCCGCUUCAACAAAGCGCAGGACAAACACCACUAGUACUCCAUUUGCCUGCAGCGUGUGUUCAAGCAACUUCACGAAAAAGCACAACCUGCAGAAUCACAUGAAUUCCCAUUACGGGGUAAAAAAUCAUCGUUGCGAGGGAGGCUGCGAGGCCACGUUCUCCACCAAAUCUUCCUUACACCGCCAUCUCAAAAAAACUUGCAAAGCCAAGAACACCAUCCUGUAA